UAGAAACAUCUGUUUUACCAUCUCCGGCACGCCACGUGUCCAGCUCUGCCCGAUACAAGACACCCCAGCUCCCGCUAUAUAAAGCUCGCCCUUCCCCAGCGCCCUCCCAGUCCUGACUGCGAGGGCUUCUCAUCAUCACUAGCCAGCUAGCUAGCGUGAUUAACCACGACUGCAAGCUAAUCACCCGCGCUAAUCACACUCAGUAAUUUUGCGUGUGACAAAGGAGGGCAGGGUAAUUAAUUUGAUAAAGGUACAAGCUACUAUAUACAUAUAUAUAUUCCAGUGCGUGGCGUCCAGUUCGCUAGCUGUCCGGGCGAGCGAGAGAGGAUCAGAGAGAGAUGACGGUGACGCCGAGGAUUACGGUGGGGGAUGGGCGGCUGGUGGCGCACGGGCGGACCAUCCUCACCGGCGUGCCGGACAACAUCGCGCUCACGCACGCCUCCGGUGCGGGGCUCGUCGACGGCGCCUUCGUCGGCGCCACGGCCGCCGAGCCCAGUAGCAUGCACGUCUUCACCUUCGGCACCCUCCGGGAGCUGCGGUUCAUGUGCUGCUUCCGGUUCAAGCUAUGGUGGAUGACCCAGCGCAUGGGCACCUCCGGCCGCGACGUCCCGCUGGAGACACAGUUCAUGCUCCUGGAGAGCCGCCCAGGCACGGGCGACACCACCGGCGGCGGCGGCGACGGCGACAGCGGCGAGACGGUGUACGUUGUGAUGCUGCCGCUGCUGGAGGGCCAAUUCCGGGCGGCGCUGCAGGGCAACGACCGCGACGAGCUGGAGAUCACCCUCGAGAGCGGGGACAAGGCGGUGCAGACGGCGCAGGGGACCUACAUGGUGUACGUGCACGCCGGGACCAACCCUUUCGACACCAUCACUCAGGCCGUCAAGGUGGUGGAGAGGCACCUGCAAACGUUCCAUCACAGGGAGAAGAAAAAGCUGCCGUCGUUCGUGGACUGGUUCGGCUGGUGCACGUGGGACGCCUUCUACACCGACGUCACCGCCGAGGGCGUCAAGCAAGGUCUCAAGAGCUUGGCGGAGGGCGGCACGCCGCCGCGGUUCCUGAUCAUCGACGACGGGUGGCAGCAGAUCGGCAGCGAGAACAAGGAGGAGUCCAACAACGCCGUCGUCCAGGAAGGAGCGCAGUUCGCAAGCAGGCUGACAGGGAUCAAGGAGAACGCCAAGUUCCAGAAGAAGAAGAAUAAGAAGAAGAGCGACGACGACAAGGAUGGCGGCGAUGAUCAGCAGGCCCAGGCGCCGGGGCUGAAGCUGGUGGUGGAGGAGGCGAAGCGCGACCACGGCGUGAAGUACGUGUACGUGUGGCACGCCAUGGCGGGGUACUGGGGCGGCGUGAAGCCGGCGGCGGAAGGGAUGGAGCACUACGAGAGCGCGCUGGCGUACCCGGUGCAGUCCCCCGGGGUGAUGGGCAACCAGCCGGACAUCGUCAUGGACUCGCUCUCCGUGCUGGGCCUGGGGCUGGUGCACCCGCGCAGGGUGCUCAGCUUCUACGACGAGCUGCACUCGUACCUCGCCUCCUGCGGCGUCGACGGCGUCAAGGUGGACGUGCAGAACAUCAUCGAGACGCUCGGCGCCGGGCACGGCGGCCGCGUCGCGCUCACCCGCGCCUACCACCGCGCGCUCGAGGCCUCCGUCGCCCGCAACUUCCCCGACAACGGCUGCAUCUCCUGCAUGUGCCACAACACCGACAUGCUCUACAGCGCGCGACAGACCGCCGUCGUCCGCGCCUCCGACGACUUCUACCCGCGCGACCCGGCGUCGCACACCGUCCACGUCUCCUCCGUCGCCUACAACACCCUCUUCCUCGGCGAGUUCAUGCAGCCAGACUGGGACAUGUUCCAUAGCCUGCACCCGGCGGCGGAGUACCACGGCGCGGCGAGGGCGAUCGGCGGCUGCCCGAUCUACGUCAGCGACAAGCCAGGCAACCACAACUUCGAGCUGCUCAAGAAGCUGGUCCUCCCCGACGGCUCCGUGCUCCGCGCGCAGCUCCCCGGCCGCCCCACCCGCGACUGCCUCUUCGCCGACCCGGCACGCGACGGCACCAGCCUGCUCAAGAUCUGGAACGUGAACAAGUGCACGGGCGUGGUGGGCGUGUUCAACUGCCAGGGCGCCGGGUGGUGCCGCGUCACCAAGAAGACCCGCGUGCACGACGCCGCGCCGGGGACGCUGACGGGAUCAAUCCGCGCCGACGACGUGGACGCGAUCGCCGGCCUCGCGGGGGCCGGCUGGAGCGGCGAGGCCGUCGUGUACGCCUACAGGUCGGGGGAGCUCGUCAGGCUGCCCGGUGGCGCCACGCUGCCGGUGACGCUCAAGGUGCUGGAGUACGAGGUGUUCCACGUCUGCCCCGUCAGCGGGGUCGCGCCGGGCGUGUCGUUCGCGCCCAUCGGCCUGCUCGACAUGUUCAACUCCGGCGGGGCGGUGGAGCAGUGCGAGGUCCGCGGCGGCGGCGGUGGCGCGGGCGCCGUCGUCGCGCUCAGGGUCCGCGGCUGCGGCCGGUUCGGCGCGUACUGCUCGCGGAGGCCCGCGAGGUGCAGGCUGGACGCGGCGGAGGUGGACUUCAGCUACGACGACGACACGGGGCUCGUCGCGCUCCAUAUCCCCGUGCCGGAGCAGGAGUUCUACAGAUGGGACCUGGAGAUCGAUGUCUAGAGGUUCUCCCUGCCUGUCGAUCUGUGGCAAUGGUGCUUUCCGCCUAUUCAUUCUUGAGUGGUUUUACCAUUAAACGCGUGUGUGGUCGGUGUGUGUGUGUGUGCUCGUGUGCGACAUGGAGAGGCGUGUGCAAUGCAUGAUCUGAUCAUGAAAUGGACACGGUCCGCCAUUGACGCGCCUCUCUUCGUCCCUAGAAGAAUAAGCUAGCCUCUGCUGUACUGUCUUUGCUGCAUCAAUAUCUGCAUGCAAUAAACGACUACUCCAUCUCCACGUAUGCAA